AUGGAUCCCAAGUGUAAGCAGUUGUAUAAUCCAGACGACAAGAUUUCAGCAGAAUUUAACACAAUGGCAUGUGAACAAACCUUUGUAUGGGCCAGUCGGUUUAAGAAGAUCAUAUGUCCUAUGCCACAUUUACAUCGGUUUUUUCUUACAUCGUUUGGUGAAAUACCGCAACAAGUACACAGAAAAAUGCCACCACAACUGCAAAAUUCCAGUACUACCAAAAGUUGGAAAGAAGUCGUCAACAACAGCCAU